UGUUCUUCAGCGGAGAUGGCUUUUGCCUCCUGGUGGACAUGGCCCCCGGUGGAAUGGGCCCGGUGGAUGUGGACAGUGGUGACCAGCAGUGGGGACUCCAGUCUGCAGGUCCUUCCAGGAAACUCAGGAAAGAGGAGUUCUGACUCUGAAGAAGCAUUUGAGACCCCGGAGUCAACGACCCCCGUCAAAGCUCCACCGGCCCCACCUCCGCCACCCUCUGAAGUCGUUCCAGAACCCGAGGUCAGCGCUCCGCCUCCCCCAGAAGAACCAGGAUGUGGCUCUGAGCCGGUCUGUGUCCCCGAUGGCCCCCGCAGCAGCUCGGUGGAAGGAAGUCCUUUCCGUCCUCCGACACACUCCUUCUCCUCUGUCUUCGAUGAGGACAAGCCGAUAGCCAGCAGUGGGGCUUACAACUUGGACUUUGACAACAUCGAGCUGGUGGAUAAUUUUCAGACCUUGGAGCCUCGCUCCUCGGACUCUAAGAAUCAGGAUUGCAAGGUGAACUCGCGGAGGAAGUCCACGGACUCUGUCCCCAUCUCUAAGUCGACGUUAUCCCGCUCCCUCAGCCUUCAAGCCAGUGACUUUGAUGGUGCUUCUUGCUCAGGCAGUCCCGAGGCCGCGGCCCCGGCCCCAGAUGCACAUAGCACGGGUUCGAGCAGUGCUUCCAGUACCCUUAAGCGAACUAAGAAACCGAGGCCACCUUCCUUAAAAAAGAAACAGACCACUAAGAAACCCCCUGAAACCCCCCCAGUGAAAGAGACACAGCAAGAGCCAGCCGAAGAGAGUCCCGACCCCAGCGAGGAGAAUCGAAUAGCCGAGACAAAAACGGAAUCGGCCAAGACGGAAGGUUCCGGACCAGCCUUAUCCGAGGAGGCACCCGUAGAACCUGCUGCUGUGCCCAAGGCUGCCUGCCCUCUGGACUCCGAGGGUGCAGAAGGGGCCAUCCCCCCAGCUCCUGGGGGUGGCAGAGUACAGAACUCACCCCCCGUUGGAAGGAAGACAUUGUCUCCUGCCACGACCCCAGAGGUGGUGGAGGUGUCCCCAUUGGAUAGUGGGGGGCAAGAGGUCUCCCCAGCCAAAGGCCUCUCAGUGAGGCUGGAGUUUGACUAUUCUGAGGACAGGGGUAGUUGGGACACCCAGCAGGAAAACCCCCCUCCCACCAAAAAGACAGGCAGAAAGCCGGUUGCCAAAAUGCCCCUAAGGAGGCCAAAGAUGAAAAAAACACCCGAAAAACUCGACAACACUCCUGCCUCGCCUACCCGGUCCCCUGCUGAACCCAAUGACAUCCCUAUCGCUAAAGGUACCUACACCUUUGAUAUUGACAAGUGGGAUGACCCCAAUUUUAACCCUUUUUCUUCCACCUCAAAAAUGCAGGAGUCUCCCAAACUGCCCCAACAGUCAUACAACUUUGACCCGGACGCCUGUGAUGAGUCCACUGACCCCUUUAAGACAUGCUCUAAGACCCCCAGCUCACCUUCUAAAUCCCCAGCCUCCUUUGAGAUCCCAGCCAGUGCCAUCGAAGCCAAUGGAGUGGACGGGGAUGGGCUGAACAAGCCCGCCAAGAAGAAGAAGACGCCCCUCAAGACUGACACAUUUAGGGUGAAAAAGUCGCCAAAACGGUCUCCUCUCUCUGAUCCACCUUCUCAGGACCCCACCCCCGUGGCCACGCCGGAGACGCCGCCCGUGAUCUCCGCGGUGGUCCACGCAACCGACGAGGAGAAGCUGGCGGUCACCAACCAGAAGUGGACGUGCAUGACGGUGGACCUGGAGGCUGACAAACAGGACUACCCCCAGCCCUCGGACCUGUCCACCUUCGUAAACGAGACCAAGUUCAGUUCACCCGCGGAGGAGUUGGAUUACAGAAACUCCUAUGAAAUCGAAUAUAUGGAGAAAAUUGGUUCCUCCUUACCUCAGGAUGACGACGCCCCGAAGAAGCAGGCCUUGUACCUUAUGUUUGACACUUCUCAGGAGAGCCCGGUCAAGUCUCCCCCGGUCCGGACGUCAGAGUCCCCGACGCCGUGUUCAGGCUCAAGUUUCGAGGAGACUGAAGCCCUUGUGAAUGCCGGGGCAAAGAUCCAGCAUCCCGUUGCACGAGGGCUGGCCCCCAACCAGGAGCCACACUUGCAGGUGUCAGAGAAAUCCUCCCAGAAAGAGCUGGAGGCCAUGGCCUUGGGCACCGCAUCCGAAGUGAUUGAAAUUACAGCUCCUGAGGGCCCCUUUGCCUCUGCUGAUGCCCUCCUCAGCAGGCUAGCUCAUCCAGCCUCUCUCUGUGGUGCGCUUGACUAUCUGGAACCCGACUUAGCAGAAAAGAACCCCCCAGUAUUUGCUCAGAAACUUCAGCAGGAGGAGUUAGAGUUUGCCAUCAUGCGGAUAGAAGCCCUGAAGCUGGCCAGGCAGAUCACCCUGGCUUCCCGUAGCCGCCAGGACACCAAGAGAGAAGCUGCUCACCCAACAGACGUCACCAUCUCCAAAACAGCCUUGUAUUCCCGCAUCGGGACGGCCGAGGUAGAGAAACCCACAGGCCUUCUGUUCCAGCAGCCUGACCUGGACUCCGCCCUCCAGAUCGCCAGGGCAGAGAUCAUAACCAAGGAGAGAGAGGUCUCGGACUGGAAAGAUAAAUAUGAAGAAAGCAGGCGGGAAGUGAUGGAAAUGAGGAAAAUAGUGGCCGAGUAUGAGAAGACCAUCGCCCAGAUGAUAGAGGAUGAACAGAGAGAGAAGUCGGUCUCCCACCAGACGGUCCAGCAGCUGGUCCUGGAGAAGGAGCAAGCCCUGGCCGACCUGAACUCGGUGGAGAAAUCUCUGGCCGAUCUCUUCAGGAGAUACGAGAAGAUGAAGGAGGUCCUGGAGGGCUUCCGCAAGAAUGAAGAGGUGCUGAAGAAGUGUGCGCAGGAGUACCUGUCCCGAGUAAAGAAGGAAGAGCAGAGGUACCAGGCGCUGAAGGUCCACGCGGAGGAGAAGCUGGACAGGGCCAACGCUGAGAUCGCCCAGGUCCGGGGCAAGGCCCAGCAGGAGCAGGCUGCGUACCAGGCAAGCCUGCGGAAGGAGCAGCUUCGAGUGGACGCUCUGGAAAGAACGCUGGAGCAGAAGGUAACAGGCCCAGGCGGGCCGGGCUGGCCAGACACUGAGACACACAGAGGCUAGGCUUCCCUGCUAGGCCGCUCCGGGACCGCCCGCCUGCCAGGCGCUCCCGGGACAAGUUCAUGCUUCAUGAGCACGGCCUCGCUCUCCCUCUGGAAGAUCCAGGUUAACGCAGCCCUGAGGCUGGCCUCUUCUGCCUUUCCGGGAAUUGCCAUUUUUCAUUCCUUUUCAGCAUUCAUUCGUCAGAUAUUUGCUCAGCACUUGCAGUGUGCCGGGCAUAGUACUUUAAUCUCUGCAUCCAGCGAGCUUACUAGUAAGUGGAUGGUACCCACCAGGCAACCCCCUGGGCAGAGACAAGCGGCUGCUGCAGAA